CUACGAACCUACAACUCUAGACUUUUCGGGCAUGUUCCCAGAUGCGAUCUCGGUUAACAGCACCCCUGCCUGGGUUCACAGCGAACCUACACCGCACUCACUCGACACGACACCAGAUACAACAAACAAUACCCAACAACCGGCUCUGCAGCAAUAUCCCUCGCCCUGGGGAAGCAAUACCGACGCGCCUGGUCCUCGCCUGGUUCUAAACAAUAUUGGACGAGUCGAGUAUCGUUCAGUCGACCCGGAAUUUGUACCACCCGCAUUGGAUCCAGAAGCUCGGAACCGCCGAGCCGAGAUGGGCCUUUACUACGAUCUGACACAAGAUUGCAUGUCACUACAUCUCUGGCAACAACAGCUAAAGGAGGAUCUCGACGCCAACCGCCGCUUACUAGCAAAUCGUAUCGCACACCGUCUAGCCAUAGUACUGUCAAGAAUUCCGAGCGAACUAGAACGCCAAGGAGCCAUCCGCGUGUAUCUUAAACAACACAUACACGACACCUACAUCACCGGUGAUUCCAAGCUCCACGCUCUUAUACAUAGUUACUACAAUACCUUGUCAUCUACAAAUACGUUUGCUUUCGCCUGGGACGUGCGUCCUUAAG